AUGUGGUUUAAUAUUCAACGUCAGAGACUACCUGGCCUGCUCCAACCCAUAGAUCCACCUUCCGAAGUUUUUCAAGUACGCGGUCUUGAUUGGUGGGGCUCGGCACCAGCUUCCGACGCCCCACAUGUUGAAUUCAAAUUUACACGUGCAAAUGAUCAUUGGUUACACCUGCAUAAUUUUAAAACAUACACUAACAAAAUGGCUCGUCGUAAUGUUCAACAACAACAACCGUGGGCAAAACGUUAUAAUCAAAAUAGAACUGAUCCGUCAUUUCACACUGGAGAGCUUGUUUGGCUUAAAGUAUUAGUUGGCAGAACAAAAUUAGAUGAACGGUAUCGUGACUCUUAUCAAGUAGUUAACGAGCUUGGUCCAUUAAACUAUACAUUUGAUGAUGGCAUUUCUACGGCCACAACACAUGUCCACAACCUAUUACUCGCUUAUUAA